AGUGCAGAGAAGUAGCGGGCUGGGCGGUCAGGAAAGAUAUGCAGAAGCCAGAGAGGCCAGAGGGGAGGUUGAUGGUGACUUGUCUCGAACUUUUGGACCCGCUGCCAUCUGCAUAGCAGCAGGGGCCCGCGCUACUCCCGAUGGACGCAAGCGCGCCUGGCUGCGACUUUUGGGACUUUGUUCCGUCACGUCUGCCCGUCCACGAGCGAGUCGAUUGCGCGUCGUUUCCUGUCCCGUCCUCUCACCGCUAUCGCGUUCGAUCGUUACCUGCGCGUCGACCAUCCCUGCGCGCCCGACCCGACCAGCACGAGAAAGAGAAGGAGCAAGACCAAGACCAAGACCAAGACCAAGGAGCUGUCCGACCGCGACCAUGUCCGACGCGGGCCUCUCAGACGACGAUGCCGCAGGACUGACGCCCCCGCCCGCAAUUGAGGAGAAUGGGACACCGCGCGACACAGUCGAGGAGAAGGGACUCGACGACGACGAGGACGACCUCUUUGGCGAUGGAGCCGACGCGGAUGAAGAGGCGCCAGCUGAACAGCGCAAGCUCGACGACGAAGAGCUCGACUCGGGCGACGAUGAGGGCCGGGCGGACGCGGCCAGGGCGCCCGAGCCCGUCGACGACGAGGGCGAGGGCGAGCAGCACACGUUCGCCUUCAUGGACGCCGACCUCGCGCGCCACGCCGUGCCCGAGCCCAGCGACGGCGAGCUGUACCUGCUCAAGGUGCCGCGCUUCGCCUCGUUCGAGAAGACGGCCUUCGACCACAAGACGUUCCAGCCGCCGACGACGGACCACCACUCGCGCCACGCCGCCUCGGAGCACUUCUCCGCCUACAACACGGCCCUGUCGACGAUCCGCUGGCGCCGCUCGCCCUCGAACCACGCCCACCUGCAGUCCAACGCCCGCGUCCUGCGCUGGUCCGACGGCUCGCUGACCCUGCAGUUCGCAAACGACCCCACGACCCACUUCGACAUCGACGCCAACACCCUCGCCCCGCCGCAGGUCAACCCCAAGCUGCCCACGCCCACCUCGCUCAAGGCAAAGUCCCACAAGGCCGAGAAGGAGGGCUACACGUACCUCGUGGCCCCCUACGAGGAAGCAAACGUCAUGCGCGUCACCAACAAGUUCACCACAUCGCUAACCGUCGUGCCCGCCGCAAACCUCAAAGACGCCGCCCUGGAGAAACUGCAAAACGACCUCGCCGCCGCCGCAUCGCGCGGCCGCGACGACGCAGACCAGGCCAUCUCCUUUGUCGACGUCAACGAGGACCCGGACCUGCAGCGCCAGCGCGAGGAAGCCACGUUCAAAGAGCGCCAGCGCCAGGCCCGCGCCCGCGAGAAGCACGAAGCACGCCAGGCAGAGCGCUCCACGCGCACCAUCGGCCGCACCGGCGGGCGCACCGCGGGCCUCAGCAUCGGCGACCUCGAGGACGACGCCGUCGGCGCUAUGCGCUUCAAGAAGCCCCGCGCAAAGGGCGCACGCCGCGACUGGAGCGACGACGAGGACUAUGGCCGCAGCGGCAAGACGCGCGAGGACGACUACGACGAGGAAUCGGACUUCAUCGCGCGGAGUGAUGAGGAACCGGAGAUCGUCGACGACGAUGACGAUGAUCUGGAUGAUGGCAUCUUGCCCAGUCCGAAGAGGAGUCGCGGCGGGAAUCAUAAUGCUGCGGCUGCUGCUGCUGAGGAUGAUGAUGACGAUGAUGAGGUGGUGAUUAGUAGGACGAAGCGGAGGAGGGUUGUGGAUGAUGAUGAGGAUGAGGAGUAGAGUGGAGUGGAGUGAAGGGGUCUGGAUAUAUGGCCGUUUGGAUCUUUGUACCAUUAUCAUCGUUAGUUGUGGCUGGACUGACUGAAAAGGUUCGGUGCGGUCGGUUAUGGAUUGUUUAUCUACAUGCAUAGCCUGGCGUUUUUUUGGCUAUCUUUCUCACAAUCAAAUCAGAUAUUUUGGUCUGUGUCGUUAUACAUGGAUUUGUCAUUGUUAAGUCUUGCCAAUGUUGAUGUGUUGAUUAGU